AAUCCGUGGGAGUAUUCCGCAGGUCUCUUUUUGGGGACUCGAGGCAGGAAUGCUGCGGACUCCGCCCAUCUAUUCUUGCCUCUACUUUUCCGCCUCUCAACUUUCUAGAGCCAAAGCAAUCAAAACCGCUUAAGCCUUAUCAUAUAUAAAUAUAUAUAUUCCCACUCCCCUCCAUUCCCAUCAGCAAACCAUUCAAUCAUCACAAAAGAAGUCGUUUCCAAAUCUCUCACUCAAAUUUCCAGCCUUCUUCUUCUUCUUCUAAUCUAUCUUCUCCUUUGAGAAUUAAUUUUCUCCCCAAUCUCUCUAUUGGAUGAUGGAGGAUCUGAUACCCGGCCUGCCGGAGGAAAUUGCUCGGGAGUGCCUCCUCCGCGUACCGCACAACGCCUUCUGCACGGCCCGCUCCGUCUGCAAAAUCUGGAAGCAGGAGGUGGAGUCGUCCCCCUUCCACCACCUCCGCAAAUCCGCCGGCCUCGCCCGCCCCCUCGUCGUCAUCGCCCAGGCCGAGCCCACGCCGAGCCCGCCCGCCACCAAGAAUCAUGCAACCCUCGCCCCGAUCUACCGCCUCGCCCUCUUCGACCCCUCCGUCGCCGCCUGGGCCCCGCUCCCGCCCAUCCCGGGCCUCCGCCACGGCCUCCCACUCUUCUGCCGGCUGGCCGCUGUCGAGACCGAGAUCGUGGUCGUCGGCGGGUGGGACCCGCGCACCUGGGCCGCCUCCGACGAGGUGUUCGUCUACGACUUCGUGUCGGCGGCGUGGCGCCGCGGGGCCCGCAUGCCGGGGCCCCGGCGGUCCUUCUUCGCGUGCGCGGCGUCGGAUGCGGAUCGGGCGGUGUUCGUGGCGGGCGGCCACGACGAGAGCAAGAACGCGCUGCGGUCCGCGCUGGCGUACGACGUGGCGAGGGACGAGUGGGUCCCGCUCCCGGACAUGGCGAGGGAGCGCGACGAGUGCCAUGGCGUCUUCCUGCGUGGCACCUUCCACGUCAUCGGCGGCUACGCUACGGAGGCCCAGGGCCGCUUCUCCCCCUCCGCGGAGGCCUUCGACGUCGCCGCGUGGAAGUGGGGCCCCGUGCGGGAGCGGAUGCUGGAGAGCGCCGCGUGUCCCCGGACCUGCGUCGCGGGCGCCGACGGGAAGCUGUACAUGUGCACGGGCGGACACGUGGCGGUGAUGGAGGCGGAUGCGUGGCGGAGGGUGGCGGAGCUACCGGGAGAUGUGAGGGUGGCGCUGCAGAUGGUGGCGUGGAAGGGGAAUCUGAUGGUGCUGGGGUCGGGCAUCCACGGUGGGUACAUUCUCGAAGUCGGCGAAGGGAAGGGGCCCGCCGCGUGGAGGAAGGCUGAGGUGCCGGCGGAAUAUUCCGGUCAUGUUCAGGCUGGGUGCUGCCUGGAAAUUUAGACGGCUGCGUUCCUUUCUAUUUCAUCCUUGUUUCGCGAGUGUUCUGCUGUACAUAAAAAUUUUCAUAUAUAAUAUUAUUAUUUUGCAUAAUUAUAGAAU